GUCUGCAGAUACAACAAUUUGGAUAUGCUACGGACAAAAUAUGUUUUGACUUUGAAUUUUGUGGGAUUGGACACAAACUGGAAUGUUUUUGAGGAACCUUUGGAAACCAGUCUUCAGUAGGACCCUUUACUCAUAUCUGGAUAUUGGAUGCAGAGGCUGGUGAGGUGAUGGUGCUGCAGAGGAGCCAGAUGGCUAGAGCCCAGAAUGAGCUGAGUUUACAUCCAGUUCUCUAAGAGCCACCAGGAUCCCAGUUCAUAAGGAGACACUGAGGAGUGCCCGGUGGUGAGCCCAUGAGGUCGUCUAUGCUGGCCCUGCUCCUCCUCAUCAGUGCCCAGGCAGUGGCCUCCACUAGGAUUACGAAGCAGCAGGACGCAGGCAGCUCUAUACCAACAGUAGACUCCAAAUUGUUCAGAAAGAGGCGCCACCUCUCACCCAGGGUGCUCUUCAGCGCCCAGCCCCCUGAUGCAGAACCCGCUGGGUCCCGGGGCGCCAGAAGGAGCCGACAAGCAGGGCAACCCCAGCACAGGGGCAUGUACUCUGUGUGUGACAGUGUCAGCAACUGGGUAGGGAACAAGACCACAGCAACAGACAUUUUAGGAAAUGAGGUGACAGUCUUACCAGAUGUAAAGAUCAACAACGUGAACAAGAAGCAAUAUUUCUUUGAGACAACCUGUCACACAUCACGCUCCAGUUCUGGAGCAGGCUGUUUGGGAAUUGACUCGAGACACUGGAACUCCUACUGCACCAACUCUCACACAUUUGUCCGGGCUCUGACCUCUCACGACAACUUGGUGGCCUGGAGACACAUACGCAUCAAUGUUGCAUGUGUUUGUGUGCUGAGCCGCAAGUCAUGGAGGCAAUAAACAUUUGUUAUUACAUAGCACCCUCUGUAAGAGAUACCCAAAAAUACAUUUUGAAGAUUUUUUUUCUCCACAUCCAGCUGCCAAAGACAGGCCAAGUCCCACACAAAGGAAGUUAUUGGUGUGUUAUACCUCUACAGGACUACAUCUAUUAUGGUCUGGUCUGGGUCAAAAAUAAAUUUGAUUGUUUUGCAAAGUGAAAACGGAUGCCAUGGAUUGGUUUAUAAGAGUUAAAGGGUAUAGUGUUAUAAAAUACUUCAGAACAC